AUGCUUACGGGCAACCCGAUGGGAAUAGGCGGCGUCGCCGCAGCGCUCCAGGGCGGUCUCGCGCUGGCAGGUGUUUCAAACACCGUGAAUCCGAUGGCUCUGGCGGCGGAUUCCAAGGCGGCCCGGGAGCUGUACUUGGGCAACCUGCCAGCGGGCAUCACUGGCCAGCAGCUGAUGCAGUUCUUAAACCAG